AAAUGGGUUCACUGCUUCUCCAGUUUAAGAUAACUGGCUUGUUGUAGAAUUUAUGCUGAACACUUCUAGUAGUUUAUUGGGUCAUGAUAUAGACAUAGUUUUUUGUGUCAUUUUAAGAAAAGGGUAAUUAUUUGAAACAAGCAUUUAUAAAGGCAGACAGUCAGUGAUUUUGUUCUCAGUCAUCAGUCAUAUUUUUUCAAUAAUCACCCAGCAUUGUACGAAAUUUAAGUGGUAAGAAUUGUGGGCCCUCUUGUUUUGCUUGCCAUAUUUGUACAUGUCGUAGGUGUCUCUAACCACCACAAGGGGGAGCUAAAAAUCAAAGUGCCUCCUGGCUGGUUUUGUGAGUCACCAUCUGCUGUACUGCAGCAGUCAGAAGCUUUAAAGGUCAUUUUAAUGGUCUUACAAGUCAAGACUGAUCUUGGUUCUCUCAAGAAAGUGGAAAGCUAGGCUUAUACUGUCCUAAGCUUGGCGAUGCUCAAAAUAAAAUGUUAAAAUAUCCUUAAGAUCAUUUAUGCGGAAAUGCAAAGGAGAUGAUUUGUCAGUUCAUUAGCAUGUGUGUAAAGCAAAUUGAAAAUCAAAUUUGAAUUAGUGAGCAAUGUCAUGAAAUAUACAAAGAAAACGGUAUAAAUAACCGUAGAUAUGCAGAUGCUUAAUUUCUGUACUUAACAAAGUGUAAACAACAUUUAGUCAGUUUAAAAGCCCACACAACUGCCCACACACUUAGUCUUCACUGGUGAAAAACACCCUGGUUUGUACAGUAUGCAUCAUUAUAGCCCACUUCAAUAUCUAAAUGCAUUUUGUGAUGCAAAGGUUAAUGAACUAUUCUUCUUUUAUGUCCCUCACGCUUUCAUAUUGCAUGAAGCUUAUUUUGCAAAUGGAAUUAAUAUCCUCCCACACAAGGUGCAUUAUUGUUAAAAAAAGCAAUUAAUUUUUCCACAUCCGGUUUUCACAGAGUGCAUACGUUUUAAUGUAUGAGUCUGUGCUGUGAGCUUCCAGAAACAAAAGCACCGAAGGGUCUAAGGUACAGAUAAGCGAAGGGGAAAAGCUCUUCCUCUCUCGCGCUGGAGAGGAAGUGAAUGCACCCAGAACUGCCGUGACUCUGCUCUACAGCCUGCCACAGCGGCUCUCAUCUCUGGCCUUCGUCUGUGUCGUUGCGAUAGGCUGACAAAGUUGAACGAGGAGACCGAACAGUCAAUAAAAAAAGGCCAGAUUCUAAGAAAGAAGCAUCAUCGCAUCCCUAGGGAAUAAUACCAUAAGUCUUUGUGUCCUAGGUAACAGAUUCAGAAAUGUUCUUUUUUUAAUACCACGUCUAUGUCUUUUAGAAGGCCCAUCUUUCCUUUGUACCUUUCUUCUGUGAAUUCUCUCGUUUUGUUUAGCUGCUCUCACCUGUGUGGAUUAUUUGCGGCCAGAUAACAAACUGAUAAUGUUGAAAAAGAACAUUCAAAUUGGUUCUGCUUUAGUGUAUUUAUGGUGCAUGAGUCACCCUGCUGCUCUCUGAUUGGAUGGAAGCUUGGAAGGAAAAAAAAAAAAAGGGAAAAAAACCCUCAGGGACUGUCAGUCAAUUACAGGCAUCUCCAGCUUCAUUCACACAUUUGUCGGCAUGCGCAGUGAGGGAGAAACUCAUUCAUGAAAAAAAGGAAAAGUUCAUUCAUGAAAAUUGCAACAUCCUGCGCCUCCUCUCAGUGCCGAGCGGAGCUGCAUAGCAGUGAGAAUGACCUGGCCUGCCAGAGACAGCGAGGAGGCUGAAGGUGGAAACAGGAGCAGCCAACGGGGGCCACAAGUGUGAGGGAGAGAGGGGAGCGAGUGCGCUGCGUGGCCUGUGUGUGUGUCCGUUUGUGUCCGCGUGUCUGUUUGUGUGGGGAGCGCCUGCGAGAUUUAACGCGUGUGGAGACUACAGCAAAUGCCAUGGACUGACUGAAAAGAAGUGGAUCAACCAAUAAUAUGGGAGAAGACUGCAGAACUGGUGGAGAUACCGUACGCCACGGUGAGCGGGUGGAUCUGGUUUGGGAAGAUUCCGGCUGUCUCUGGCUAUGAGAGAACAGAACGGCCUGGGACUCAGCGCACUGCAUGUAGGACUCUCCGCACAGACAGGCAUGCUGCACCGCACCAAGUACAGCCGCUUCCGCAACGACUCCGUCACCUCCUUGGAGGACGGCGCGCCCAACGCCUCGGCCUUGGCGGCGGCCGCCAAGACGGCUCCCUGCCCUGCCUCCGCCACCCCCCCGUGCCAGAAGGCCGCGCCCCGCCAUCACCCUGACCGGGGCGGUUUGGGUUCUCCAGAGGAGGGCACCUCGACCCUCUGUACUUUCAUACCUAGGAUGGCCAACAUCAAGAUCUCCAGCCCUGCUGCUCUGCUGGGGCUAAAGGGACUGGCCCUGGCCUCCAGGGAGGGCCCCCGUGGCAAGCUGUCUGCGGACUGCGGCACGGCCAAAGGCCAGCAGCACCUCUCUGGGUACCUGCCGCCCUCUUCUCACCUCGGACAGGACCGAGGCGACAGCAAGCUGGCCAUCCGGACUGAGGGCUCGUCUUCCUCUCUCAAGCCCGCCAUGGCGACGGACUGCCUCAGCCUGGACGUUCUGGAAUCUGGAAUGACCUAUCACAUCAAGUACAUGGGCUGCUUGGAAGUGAUCCAGUCCAUGAGGAUGCUUGACUUCGAAACGAGAACACAGGUCACACGGGAGGCCAUAAGUCGUCUGUGCGAGUAUGUGCCAGGUGCAAAGACUGCACCCAAACGCAAGAAGCCCCCAAGUAAAGGAUUGUCAACAAUUUUGGGCAGGAGCAACUUGCAGUUUUCUGGAAUGAACAUCAAACUGAACAUCUCAACAGACAGUCUGAGUUUAACAACUCUUGACUCCCAGCAGACUAUUGCCCACCACCAUAUGCAGUCCAUAUCCUUCGCUUCUGGAGGAGACCCUGACACAACCGAUUAUGUUGCUUAUGUCGCCAAAGAUCCAGUCAAUCAAAGGGCUGUCCAUAUAUUGGAAUGUCCAGAAGGAUUGGCUCAAGAGGUGAUACACACUAUAGGGCAAGCCUUUGAGCUUCGUUUCCGACAGUUCCUAAAGAAUCCCUCCUCUCUCAUUGUGUCCAAGCAAAGGGCGACGGAGGCAGACGGUGGCGGAGGCCGGGGUCAGGAGAGCGCCGAGAUCCAUGAGUAUUAUAAUGAGAUACCGGGCAAAGAGCCGCCCCCGGGGGGGCUGCUCGACAUGCGGGUUGGGCCGGAGGCGCAGCAGCGGCCCCCCAGCGGCAGCCAGGCAGAAGAAGACGAUCUCCGAAGACCGGGUUGCCCGCAGCACUUAAACGUGUAUGAAAACUGCUCUCUCACACAAAAGCAACUUCCAUCUGCAGAUUUCGAGACAGGUGUUCCCUCGUGCCUGCCGGACAGCAGGGAGACGGUGUACAGUGCCCUGGGUGAGGGCAGCCCCCUCUCCGGGGUUCUCCAGCACGUCCAGCAGCUACUGCAGCAGGAGGCCUGGUACCACGGCAAGAUGAGCCGACGUGAGGCGGAGAGCCUGCUGACGGACAGCGGUGACUUCCUGGUGCGGGAAAGCAGUUCCUCCCCUGGCCAGUACGUGCUGAGUGGCCUGCAGGGGGCCACUGCCAAGCACCUGCUGCUCGUGGACCCGGAGGGAAUGGUGAGAACAAAGGAUCAUAUAUUCGACAGUGUGGGACACCUGAUUCGCUAUCACAUGGACAAUCAGCAGCCAAUAAUCUCUUGUGGGAGUGAGCUGUGUCUUAAACAGCCAAUCAUCCAAAAACAGUGACAAUAUUCUGAGUGGAUAUUAAGCAGUGGACUUAGUCAUUCUAACUUUGAUCGGGUGUUCCGGGGCUUUCUACCAAAAGGAUGAGGUGUUCAGACUGUACUUGCAUGGUGAGACUUUUUAUUGCAGUCAUAGAUAUUCCACUUUUUUCGGCAGCUGUCUUUUUACCAUCGUAAAUUUGGGUUGGAAUUAAAAUUACUUGCAUUUCACACAAAAAAGAAGAAUAACAGGUGACAUGCAUUUUGUGUUGAUGCCUCAAAGCACAAAGCUGUAGAGAAGAGUUGGCUGGCUGAUUGACUUUGGUCUCUGUGUUGGUGAAAACAUUUAUUUUUCUGCUCCUGAAAAUGUGCCUUGAUGCAGUAAUCAGCUUCAGGGGCAAUGAAAGAAGUGUUAUCAGGUUUUAUCAGAUUGUAUAAUAUUGUGUAUAGCAUUUGACAGUUCUGUAUACUGCAAGGUUUUGCCCAUGUUAGACAGCCCUGAAUAAGAUGAUUUAAUAAAUUGCAUUAAUUUGAGGACACUUUAACAAUUACAAUAUAUUUUUUAUAUUUAUAAUAGAAGCUUCGGGUAGAGUACUUCUUACAGUUAUUACAGAUAAUGUCAAAUUUAUCCACCUUACAUCUCUGUCUGUCAUUAACAGUAAGCUAAAAUAGAGUUUUGAAAUAUGCAAGAUCUAUUGGAAAUGUAUACAAAUGUUUAUUUUUGAAAAUAGUCAUAAUAGAAGAAACAUAUCUUGCACAAUGCUGGGUAGUGGUAUUGCUAAUUGAUUUUACUUUCAUGCACACAGGACAUUUCAGUUCACAAGAGCCUUUGUCAGAACCUGUGGAGCAAGGCAUUGCUCUGUGCAUGUUUGCAGAUAAAAUCAAAUUGUGUGACAGUGCAAGACUAGUAUGGGUACUUUUUCUUCUAAUGCAGUUUAAUUAAUCCUGCACUUGCCAGUAGGACUGGAUGUGCAUGCGAUCAUUUUUAAAGUAUUAUUUUUGAAAAUAAAAAUGGCACCCCCUUCCUUGUUAUGCAUUAUGAAUAGUCCAGAAAUGUUUUUUCCUCUGUUUAAUUGAAGUGUUUUGAGCCAGGGAAUGCAUGGGAAGUCAAUGAAAAAUUGUUUAAAUAUAUAUUUUAUUUUUUAACAGUAAUAUAGAUUGGCCACAGUUUUGUAUAUGUUUCUUGAUUCUUUCUUGUGUUAGCCUAAAUAUGUCAAUAUUAAAUAAUUUAAUCACACA